AUGGCCGCCUUAAACAGAUUUGUGAGCAAGUCGGCAGAUAAGCAAAUGCCCUUCUUCACAACCCUGAGGCAAAACAAGAAGUUCAAAUGGGGGCCGGCAGAGCAAGAGGCCUUUGAAGCUCUAAAAAGUCACUUAAAAAACCUGCCAACAAUAGCAAGGGCAAAAGAGGGCGGCAAAUUACAACUGUACAUAUCGGCGUCGCCAAAGACAGUUGCAGCAGUACUGGUAGCCGAAACAGAAAACAAAGGGCAGCAGCCGGUAUAUUUUGUGAGCCAUGUGCUAAACGGCCCAGAAACAAGGUACACGUUGGUGGAGAAAAUGGCAUAUGCAGUCCUCAUCGCGGCUAGAAAGUUAAGACCAUACUUUGAUGCGCAUACAAUCGAAGUGCUAACAAACUUUCCUCUCGAAAAAGCCAUCAGCAAGCUAGAUACAUCAGGCCGGUUGCUAAAAUGGGCAAUAGAGUUGUCCGAGUUUGACUUGGAAUUCCGGCCAAGAACUGCAAUCAAAGCCCAGGCAUUGGCGGACUUCAUAGUUGAAGCGUCAUACCAAGAGGAUGAAGUACAAGCUGAAGUAUGGGAUGUGUCAGUGGAUGGUUCAGCUGCACAGACAGGCAGUGGGGCUGGAAUAAUCAUGAAAUCGCCAGCAGGAGACAUUUUUGAGUAUGCUAUAAAGUUUACGUUUAACGCGUCAAAUAACGAGGCAGAAUACGAGGCAGCAAUUGCCGGCAUCCAAAUGUGCCUCGCAGCAGAUGCCAAAAGAGUAAUACUGACAACAGACUCCCAGCUGGUAGCAAGUCAAUUCAGCGGAGAAUAUGAGGCCAAAGAACCUUCGAUGGUCAAAUACCUUGAGAAGUUGAGGUCGGUGUCGGCUCAGCUAGAGAAAUUCAGCAUUAAUCUGGUACCCCGAGCAGAGAACACACUGGCAGACGCCCUAUCAAAGUUAGCAAGUUCAAAUGUCGCUGACUUGAAAAGAACAGUCAUGAUGGAAGUCAUGAAUAAGCGAAGUACGGAGUCGGAGAUAAUACGGGUCAUGGCCAUCACAACCACCUCAGAAUGGUACGAUAAUAUCCAAACAUACAUACAGACUGGAGCCCUACCAGCAGAUUUUGCAGAGGCCAAAAAGACAAGAAGGGACUCGGUUUGGUACAUCAUCCUGUGGGGACGGUUGUACAAAAAGUCAUUUAGCCUGCCAUUCUUAAGGUGCCUGACAGCAUUCGAGUCAGCAAGGCUGAUCGAAGAGAUGCACGAAGGAACAUGUGGAAACCAUGCCGGUGGAAAACCCCUUGCCAUCAUCUGUCAAAGGCAAGGCUAUUACUGGCCAACAAUGUUAGAAGAUUGUCGAGCUUAUGUAAAAAAGUGCGAGAAAUGUCAAAAGUUUUCAGCUGUAAUAAACUUGCCGGCCAAUGAUUUGAUGCCCAUUCUGAACCCAAUCCCAUUCGCACAAUGGGGAAUGGAUAUUGUUGGACCAUUCCCAAUGGCGGCUGGAGGGCGCAAGUUCUUGAUAGUAGCAGUGGACUACUUCACCAAGUGGAUAGAAGCAGAGCCGGUAGCAAAAAUAACGGCAAACCAGGUGAAAAAAUUCAUAUGGAAAAAUAUAAUAACGAGAUUCGGGCUGCCGCAGGCAAUAGUUUUUGAUCAUGGAUCACAGUUUGAUUGUGCGCCCAUACAAUGCUUCCUGGGAUUGUACAGAGUAAAGUUAGCUCACUCAUCAGUAUGUCACCCACAGAGCAAUGGGCAAGCAGAGGCGGCGAAUAAGCAAAUCCUGGCUGCUCUGAAAAAGAAACUAGAAGACUGUAAAGGCAAAUGGGCAGAUCUUAUGCCAGAAAUUCUGUGGUGCAACAGAACUCCUAUCAAGGAGGCUACCGGCGAGAGUCCGUUCAAAUUGAGCUUCGGAUCUGAGGCUGUCAUACCGGCAGAAAUGGCUCUGCCAACCAUGCGAAUCCAGCACUACGAUGAGGAGAGAAACGAUCAGCUGCUGCGACACCAGUUGGAUUUCAUGCCAGAAAUCCGCAUGAAAGCAGAAGUAAGUUCGGCAGCAUACAAAAGCAGAAUGAGCAGAGCAUACAACAAGAAAGUGAAGCAUCGGCCUAUAGGAGUGGGAGACCUGGUACUGCGGAGAACGGCGGCAACAGGAAAAGGAAAUGCUCAAGGAAAGCUGACAUUCAAUUGGGAAGGACCAUACCAGAUAUGGGAGGAAAUAGUCCCUGGAUCAUACCGGUUAAUGCAAAUGGAUGGUACCGCGCUCAAAAACUCCUGGAACGCCAGUACUCUGAGAAAGUACUAUGUUUGA